GAAAGCGCAUCGAACACUUUGAUCAAUUGGAAAGAUUGGUUCUGUCACUCCGAGUCAAGUUGGCUGCUGAAAUAGUCAUUCGAAUAUAAACUCGUCGAUGAAGAGGUUCUUCGAUACUGAACAAUUGUAGCACGUACGACGUACAGUUCGAUAAGCACAGGCACCAGCAGCGAUGCAACGUUUCAACAGUGUUAAUCUCGUAAAUUCGCAAAACACGUGUAAGCGAUAUAAUGGGAGAGAAAAUAGUCGAUGCUGAAAAAUAAGGGUUCGUUAAUAUUCAAUAACGAAAUGUAUUUUUUAUCAAAUUGACUCGAAUUUUUAUAGAAAUGUCACUGUACGAAGACCUGAAGCCGUUUCUCACGUUUUCAAAAAUGUUUGGUCUCGCUCCAUAUUCCGUGAGUGGAAUUGACGUUAAUUUAUCGCGGAUCUGGAUAGCGCACUCGACUUUUUGCAUAUUAGUCAACAUUUAUCUGGUUUAUUUGCGUUACACUGGUUUCAUGGGCCCAGACAUAAAAUUGCGAUUUCUGACGGUGUUUCGAACCGCGUUCGCUGCAUUUUUAGUGUCCGUUGACAUUCUCAUAUGCAUAUUGAGCCACGGGAAACUGCAGGCUUCGCUCAUUUUCAUGCAACGUUACGAUCAAGCUGUAAAACUGAAGAGAACACCGAAGACGCUCAUCAUACGUUGCUGGAUCGGUCUCGUUGCUACCGUCGUUUAUUUUAUUUAUCUUGGAUGGUUAACUUACAUCUACGAAGACGACGAACCUUUCGAAAGUGCUGUUAUUUAUUUCGUUGUUUACACCGCAACGACGUCCAGCAUUCUUAAAUUCUCUGCCAUCGUCGCUUCUCUUCUUUAUCGAUUUCGACAUCUCAACUUCCUCAUCAAAGCUGGCUCGUGGACCGAACAAUCAGGCUGGCAAAGGGGACAACUGACGUUGCGCGAUGCGUGGUUUCUCCACAACGUUCUCGUGGCUGCUGCUCGAGAACUCAACUCGUUAUACAGCAUUCAACUUUUGUUGUGGAUCAUCGGACUGACUUUCAACAUAAUAUCCCGGAUUUACGUGAUUUUUGACACCGAGCAUUACUUCGAAGUAGCGAAAAUGUGUCGUGAGAGCGGAUUGGCAGCGAUUUUUAUUUUUUUACUCACGGCUCUCGCCGGCGUGUGUCACCUGACAGCUGCCGAGGCUAACAAAGUCGGGUCUGUCGCCUUCUCUCCGGACUCAAAUAUUUUUCAAAGACAUCGUGCAACCUCCAAUUCCGAAAUAGAAGAAAGCAUGCAGAUCGGACUCUACUUUCUUUAUCAUCGUUUGAACUUUUCUGCAGCAUCCGGUUUGUUACAGGUGGAUCUGCCACUGUUACAAACGAUCGCUGGAACGAUGACGACCUAUCUCGUUAUCCUGAAAUCACCGGGAUGAGUGGCAUGCGUUGUUUCAUACCAACUUUCAACAGACAAUUGCGAUGUUGAUUAUAUAAUUGAUACUUUCAUCGAGGCUAUUAUGCGAAAUUUCUUCCUUUUUCGCUUUUUCUUCGUUGCCUGCAAUUUGACUUUCUCAUGAAUAAUAAUGAAUUAACUUGUUUCACUGGGGGGGAAAUAGAAACGAGAAAUUUUCGAAAAUAGAUCCACGAAGAUUAAUAUUAACAUGAGAAAUAUUAAAUGCUCCUCUUAUUUAUCUAUAAAGGAUCGAGUCAAAAUGUAGCACGUCGCAAAGAUAAUAUCCUUU